CUGCCUUUAAUUUGAUCAUCGUCCGAAGAUGCGAAAUUUUUCGAAAAUUAGUUACUAUAUUGAGAAAUUAAAUACUUACUAUAGGAUAAUAGAUAGUCUAGGUUAAAUUAGAUUAAUUGCAAGCAGUGUCAACUACGGAGUUUCAAUGUCGUAGGGGAUCGGUCGUCUAUACUGAAAAAGAAGAAGAUGAAGAAUUAUUGAGAAUGUAAGGUAAAGACAAGGUUGUUAGGUUGUGUCCGUAUUAUUCGCGCGCUUCUUCUUCGCCACGUGGCGACAUACAUAUAUCAGGCACGUUGCACAGACCGACCGACCGUCCGUAUUAUUUUGGUACCGGGUAUGCGUAAAAUAUCGUGAAGUGUGAGUAAUAUAGUACGUAGUGUCACGGCGUGCUGCGUGCGCGAAUGUUCGCACGUGUUACUCGUGUUAUCCGUGUUAUUCAGCUCGUAGAGUGUUUUCUUCCUAGACUAUCUCUUUGCUUUUCUCUCUUUCUCUUGUUCCCUUUUCUCUCUCUUUUCCUCUCUCUGUAUCUAUCCAUCUUUCUCUUUUGCCUUUCGCCUUUUUUUCGUCUUUGUCUUUUGGCUUCGGCAACUUCGUCGGUCGGAAGCUCCAAUAGAAUUUCGUGGAAUUCACGAUCGCGAAUUCGAGAAUGCUCUGGCAAAACCGGUUAUCGUGAGACUCGCGAGGAAGAGGACCUCCAGCAACGACUUCGGAUGGAAGGUAUAGACCGAUUGCGAAGGGCAAGAUAUGUCGACAGCGAGAUACGACGAGGCAGGCGAUCGACUGAUUGACCGAUCGGUGAUCACCCAUGAUCAACAGUGAACUUAUGGUUGCGUACUGUUUAUGCUUCUAUGAAGGCGGACGAUCAAUGUAUGCAACUUUGGCUUCGUCCUACUCGAUCUAGGAUAUAACAAGGACGACGACAAAGAAGACGAUGAAAACGACGAUGAGCCUUCGUGGAGUUUUCUCAAAUUUUCUCUACUUCGCUAUGUUUAUCACUGCGAACUAUUGAGAAAGAAGAAACAUGUCGGAAGUAAAAACAGAAAGGCCUAGGACCGCCGGUCGGAUAGCACCGACUGGUCGAGUCACUCCAAGCGUUCAUCAAUCGGCCGGAAAUGGAAGAAGGAAGGCUAUACCUGUACCACCUCCUAGGGUCCCGACUCCAAUGCCUUCGGCCAAUAACAAUCAGCAAAGAAACAAUGCGAACGUCGACGUAGGCCCGCCUGUUUUAGUACAAGCAGCACAAGCACAAAAAAAGGAGUCCCAUGAAAACAUCGCACGAAUAGCAAAGCGGUAUCUCGACGAUAACAUGCAGCAGGCGUGGAUCAAUCCUCGGUUAAUAUCAAUGAUAAACGUUGAGGCAGUAACUUCAACGAAUUACGACUCCUCAAAUCUCAGUAGGGACUUCAAUCAGGUUGGCUUUAACACUUACAAUUAUUCCCAGUUCGAAGAGAAGUAUAAGCCACGGCAAAUCUUCAAAUACGGAGACGAGUAUCUCGAGUACGGGCGCAAUUCCGUUCGGCUCGAUUCAAACGCUGAGAGAUCAACGGCAAGAUUAACUAGUAGAUAUCAGCAGGACGGGUUGACUAAGUUCGAGCAAAGAUAUUCAAGGAGUCAUUCGCAGCCUGAGAGACAGCAGUACGCUUAUCAUGAAACGCGAUCCAAAUCACAGGAUUCGCGAGAGUUGACAUUCUAUCAUAUCGAUCCACCACCGAAAUUGGAGAAUCUUCAACAACAGCAACUUCAGCAACAGCAACUUCAGCAACAGCAGCAACAACAACAGCAACAACAAUCACAGCAACAAUCACAACAACAACAGCAGCAACAGCAGCAGCAGCAGCAGCAACAACAACAACAGCCGCAACAACAACAGCCAAAUAAAUCUUAUCGAUCUAGCACUGACAAAUCAGGUGGUUCAAAUAAAAAAGAAUUAACUUUUUACAAGAUCGAUGGACCUAGCACAAACUUGGCUUCAACGCAGGACAAGUGUAAAGAUAAAUCUGAUAAAAAAGAUAGGAAUCAGGAGAAAUCACAGAAUUCAAAACACGUUAAACAAAAUCAUCAUCAUCAUCAUCAUCAAGAACAGAAGAACAAUCCGGCAAUACCACCAAAUUAUCAAUUGAACAGAUCUCAAUCUGAUUUGACCGAAUGCCAAUUACCGGAUUACUAUAGGCAUCAGAAUAAUCCUUACAUUGAUCCACCCAAGUAUCGUCAAUACGACAGACCUCCGAAGUAUCAAGAAACACCACCAAAAUCAGAACCACCACCAAAAUAUCAUGCUGAACCACCAAAAUAUUCGGAAAUUGUUAGACGUCAGGAUGAUUCGAGAAAAACGCAGCAAGAGGAGAGGACGACAAGACGUCAGGGUGCCGGAUUAGGAGGAGCAGGAGGAGGAAUAGGAGGAACAACAGUAGGAGGAGUAGCAGGGGGAGGAAGUGGUGGUAUAGGUGUAAGUGUAGGUGUAUGUUUAGGGAUAGGAGGUGGAGGAGGAGGAGGAGGAUGUAGUGCAGGGAGCACAAGUUGCGGCGGCUUGUGCUGUAGUAGCGGCUGCGGUGUCGUAGGAGGGGGAGGCGGAGGGAGGGGAGGCUCCACUCAUGGCGCCGAGACGCCCUCUAAUCUAGCCAGUAUCACGCCGACCGCGCGAGAAGCAAUACGUUUGCCUUAUCAUCAACCAGCACAACAACAGCAACAACAACAACAACAACAGAUUAGAUCGGGUUGCAGUGGCAGUGUUAUUUUGAACAGUGGUGUUCCAUGUGCCGGUGGUUGUUGUAUACGAGCGAUAAAUAUAAGAGUGCCGUGGAGUCCUUGCUGA